GUCGGCGUCGGGAGGGUUGGCAAGACUGUCGGGGAGUAAAUAAACGAAGCCUCGGUCUGCCUCUGAGGACGGGACGAUGAUGGGCAGCCGCGAGAAGACCUACGAGGACCUGCACUUCCCCUUCUGCGAUGAAGUCAGCAAGUACGAGAAACUGGACAAGAUAGGACAAGGCACAUUCGGGGAAGUCUUCAAGGCUCGCCACAAGAAGACAAAGAAGGUUGUCGCUCUGAAGAAAGUUUUGAUGGAAAAUGAAAAGGAAGGCUUCCCCAUCACAGCCCUCAGAGAAAUCAAAAUCCUGCAGCAGCUGAAACACGAUAACGUUGUCAAGCUGAACGAAAUCUGCCGCACAAAACCCUCUGCCUACAACCGCUGGCGCUCCACCUUCUACCUCGUGUUUGACUUCUGCGAGCAUGACCUGGCCGGGCUGCUAUCCAACUACAAUGUCAAGUUCAGCCUCGGGGAGAUCAAGAAGGUGAUGCAGCAGCUCCUCGAGGGACUCUUCUACAUCCACAGCAGCAAGAUCCUCCACCGAGACAUGAAGGCGGCCAACGUCCUCAUCACAAAAUCUGGAACACUGAAACUGGCCGACUUCGGACUUGCCCGCGCCUUUUCACAGAGGAAUGGCCAACCCAACAGGUACACCAACCGAGUGGUGACCCUGUGGUACCGUCCCCCUGAGCUGCUACUGGGGGAGAGGAACUAUGGGCCCCCCAUAGACCUCUGGGGUGCCGGGUGUAUCAUGGCCGAGAUGUGGACACGCACCCCAAUCAUGCAGGGCAGCACGGAACAGCAUCAGCUUAACCUCAUCUCGCAGCUGUGUGGCUCCAUUACCCCCGAGCUGUGGCCGGGCGUGGAGCUCCUGCCUCUCUACUCGACCAUGGAGCUGCCCAAGAACCACAAGCGUAAGGUGAAGGACCGGCUCAAGCCCUACGUUCGGGACCCGCAUGCCUGCGACCUCAUUGACAAGAUGCUCACCCUGGACCCGUCGAAGAGAAUGGAUGCUGACUCCUCCCUCAACCACGACUUCUUUUGGGUCGAUCCUCUGCCCUGCGACCUCGGCAAGAUGCUGUCCCACCACACUCACAGCAUGUUCGAGUUCUUGGCCCCACCUAGGCGAGGGAAGCAGCCCCAGCAGCAGCCCGCCCAGCCCCAACCAGCCCAGGCAGCCCACUCUUCAUCCCAGUCCCAGUCCUCUCAGUCCUCAGGAACGUCGCAAGCCGGGGGGUCAAGACGGCCAGGCCACCGCUCCGCCUCCGCCAGUGUUGCCAGUAUGUCCUCGUGCCCAGAGAGAAUAUUCUGAGUGGCCUGUCAGUGUUGCCAACAGGUGUAGUUCUCUUGUGUGUUGGAGGUCCUCGUCAGACUUUCCGUGAGUCGGUCGUGGCUCUGCAGAUGGUAGAAUUCCUCCUCUUUUUUCCCUCCUGGUUUGUGGUUUUAUCUCAGAGUUUUUUUUCUUAUUUCUUGAGGUCUUUCUUAGCGUGGAGGAGCAAUCUUCCGAUGCAUGGCCGAAGCGUUGUGCUGUGCGUGGACGUCCUGCAGAGCCGCCAAAGAUCUGGCUUGCCUGUGUUAGGGAGACGCAGCAAGUUGUUGUCAUGGCAGGUUUUGUUGAUGGUUACGUAAACCAUUUUCUCUUACCAAUUACUUAAGGCAAGGUUAAGUACAUAGGUAAUCUCCAUACAAAAAUUUAAGUACAACAAGAUAAAUAACAGGUGCAAAUGUUUACAAAUAUGAUUAAUUUUUUAAGUGCAUAAGUCCAAAAGACAAAAUAAUAUACUUUUAGGUCUUGAAAUACUGAAGAAGAAAUCAGUGUUGUAUGGUUUGAGUGUAUUUAUUGAGGAAAUAUUUCAGUAUUUUUAUGAUUCACUGUUGUAAGGUACAACUAUUCCGCCAUGUCUCAAUGUGUGUCAUCCAGCCCUUGCUUACCGUUUAUCAUUUUUCAAUUUUUUUCAGUGUAGUGUUGAUGUGCUGAUUUUCUUUUUGGCUCAUGACGGCCUUUAAAGGAAAUGCACUGCAGAGAGGCCAACUAGGGGGUGAAGGGUGCUUGUGAGAAAGGUCUGUGCAUAACGUUGAUCUUGUAGAAUAGAGGCAUGUUCUGUUGGGCAUGGUAAUGGCAGCAGAGUUGGGAGCAAUUCCUCAGCAUUUCUUUAUUCUUUCUAUUUAUUCUUAUUUUAUUUUAAGUUAGUAUUUCCAAAAUUUUUUCCAUAACUUCUUAAUUUGGCAUGGAAAACAAGGUCACAUACAAGGCAAACAUCACUGCAGGAAACAUUCUUUGUUUUUCAUUCCGGAGUAGACUUGCGAGGCUGAAGGUUUGAGUCGUCUGACAAUCUUUGUUAUUUAGUUUUAGCCAAUCUUUUUAAGGUUUCAAGGUUGCUAUUUUUCCACAUUAACAUUUACUGUAGACACUAGAUUAUCGGCAUGAAAAAGUACAGUACCUGAUGUUCAUGUUCUGUGUCAUGAAGUCCGCUGUUCAUUAGCCAUUUCUUUUGUGCAUAACUUCCCAAUGUCCUGCAUGAAAAUUAUUGGCAACCUCCGACUGAUUCAUUGACAGGGACCACAGUUUUGUAUUUUUAAGUUAUUGUGCUGCCAUACGUGACGGUAGAAAGUAUGUGUUGAGGCUGCAUCCAUGUGUUCUAAAGCUAGAGAGGCUAACUUGGUAACAGUGUAUCAGGUUUGAGAAGCAUUUCCUUACUGUGGUUUGAUGUCAGUUUAGGGCAUAAGUGUGGGAAAGUGCUGGAGUUGGAAUCUAGUUGAGGGCCAGUACUGGAGAUUUUGGGAGAGUGUUUUCCAAGGUGUUCUAAAGUGUUUUCAUAAGUUCUUAGAUAAGGUCAGUGUCAGUUGUUGUUUGACGUCUUUUACCCAAUUGGUCUUUCUGCUAAACGCUACACCUAAGCAAGGGUUGGAUGAGGUACGACAUGUUUUGUUUGUGGAUAAUUAACGUUUAAGAACACGUUUUGUCGUAAAUAAGAUUUCUAACAAUUUUCGGUGCAGUCACAAAGUUCAGAGGUUUUCAUAUUUACACACAUAUUUUUCUGUCAGGCGUUCCACUCCCUUUACCACCAGUGAUCCAAAUCCUAGCUGAUAGGCAGAGAUUAGGAAUAAGUAGCAGUGUGUCUGUUGACGAGACAAAUGGACUGUCCUUAGUACCUGAUAUCUGUAUUUUGUAUAACAGUAAAAAUAAUUUCUCCCUCUAGUCAUUGAGCAGUUGGUUUAUGGCUACGCCUCUUCAAAGUACAAAGUGACCUGAUGUUACCUUUAAGAACGAGUGCAUACGUAGCGUAGCGGACUAGUGAUAAGACUUCAAACGUAUAUAAUCCAGUAGUUCUUUGUAGCUUCAGAGCCAAGGAAGACUACUAGUGUUUCCUCUCGUGUAAAGGGAAGGACUGUUUUGAGGGCCCUGCCGGGGAUGGUGAGCUUGUUCCUGCUGUGGACAUUUCUUUUCAGCUUGGUAUGUUCCCCCAGGGCAGUGUGGAGGGCAGGGUGGGUGGUAUUAGGUUCUUGAAUUAGAGAAUGAACCGUACAUUCGUUUUCAAAUAAUCUUGUAAGACAGCUUUUCCGGGCAUGAAUCAAUGUAGAAGAGGAAGACUACCCUCUUGAAACAGAGAAGGGCAUUGCAGCUUUAUAUCCAUAGGCAGGAGUGGGCUAAGUUGUGCUGUACAUAUAGGAAUAAACAUUUCAGCUGCAUUCCCAUGUAUGACUGAAAGUAGUGAAACAAACUCAUAUUUUCCUUUGUAGCACGAGGGGCAAAUUUUGGCAGCAGAUGAGACGAUGUGCAUCACUGUGGUGUAUAUGAGGGAACAUGGCCACAGCAGGGUAGAGAAGUAGCUUUAUUUCUGGGAAGCUGAGUGGCAAACGGGAUGAGUGAGGCAGUGCACUAAGUCUCCUAAACUUUGUUGAUGGACUUCACUUAACUUGCUUAGAAAAGAAUGUUUAUGCUGAGGUAGUGUGAUAGCCAGGGUGGGUUGUGGUAAGAGGAAUGAGUGAGACAGGUUAAUACAAGUGCUGGACAUGAGCAUUUCAAACCUCAGCAAACAUAGACAGACUUACUUCCCUCAGUCGUGAUGGGAUGUGUUAAAAGAGAGGAGGAGGGAGAGAUGGGGAAGAAAGAGAAAGGGUGAUGAGGAGAGAAGGAAGGUGAAAAAAAGGAGACAAAACAUGUAACAAAUAAUGUGGCUCCUGGAAGUCUGAAUUUGGUGGGAUGUAAAGAAGUCAGGCAGCAAAACUUUCUAGGCAGACUAACACCUAAUGACCAGUGAAGGCCUUAGUCCUGCCUCACCUGUUGACACCUGCUUCCUGUCGUCUAGCUUCCCUGAUGAGGUUGAGCAGUUACCUGUGUUGUAGAGGAUGGCCCGGUGCCUUAUCCUUUCAAUAGAACUCAGAAACAAAGACGUAGAUUUUUAUUUAAUUGCAUAGUAUUUUAUUUUAUUAUCACUAAGUUCAGGGUCAGUGAUUAGUGGGCUUUUUUUUUCUCAUUUUUUUUUCCCUUGAGCUGCUUCCUUUACUGUAAAAAACAUAUUACUUUUAUUUUCAAAACAUUCAAUUCUUAAUACUUGGGUGCACUAGACUCUUGUGAACAGUUUAUUUUUCAAAAGGCAACCAAGAUGCAUUUUUUUCAGCAGUCUCACCCAUCAAAAACAGUUCAGAAGGCAGUGCCAUGAUUUAUAUAUGUAAAUAAUCAUCAACAUAUAUGUAUAUAUACAAGUUAAUUUAUAUGUAUGCCUGUGCUCUUGAUGUGAAUGAGAAACUGUAUAAUACGUAGCAAUAAUGUUAAGAAGAAUUUCGCGAACUCUGCCAUCGUGGGUGGACAGAAGGGUUGGAUGUUGGUGCAAGUUCUCAACUGUCAAUUCUUUCUCCUGCCGACUUUGACAUGAGUUAGUGAUCUCCAUGUACAAAGCCUUCACAGCAGUAGCAACCAGUGCCCAUGCCCAACACACACACACCACACCACACCACACCACACUACACAUAUAUCUUACUGCAGUGAAGGGAUUUAUUGCUUGUAGUGAUAAGGUUUUUAGCAAUGUAUGAUUUUUAUAUAAGUGAAGCACAGUUGCCAGUGUCUAAAGAGGAAAAUAAUUAAUGGUUGAUGCCUGAGUUACUGUAUCUCUUACCAGGCAUGACAACCAUCCCUGUACCACUACUAACAACACUACUUCAACUACCAAUACUACUACCACUAUUUCCACUACCAUAAUGACACUACCUAUUACAACCACACCCCUGUUAACCAGUACUACAACCACCACUUCUAACUAGGAUCACCAUUUCCCUCCUCCUCCUCCUCCUCCUCCUCCUACUACUACUACUACUACUACUACUACUACUACUACUACUACUACUACUCCCACUACUACUCCCACCACAACCUCACCCCACUUACCUAUCACUACAACCACCACCACUAACCACCAUCACCUCUCUCCCUACCACCACCACCAUAACUUGCUCCCCAAACACUUCCACAACAACAACAACAACAAAAAAAGGUUGACACUGUAAAGAUGAUCGAAUUCUUAGGGAAGUUUUUUUUUUUUUAUUAACUUUUCUUCCAUCUAAUAAAGGUUACCCAUCAACUGGA